UCCGGUAGCAGCGCCUUCUAUGUCUUGAUCGGCACGUCGGCACUAGAAACCGCUAGCAACACUAGUAGCAAGAGAUACGGGUAUAAGUAGGGAGUAGUCCAUGGCAAUGGCUGUCCGCCAAUUGGCUGCGUCAGUGGAGGAUCAAUUGGUUAUUUCCCGGCCCCGGCGCCCACGCCCACUCCUGGUGCUGCGCCGCUUGUUUUUUUGGUUGCAGCCAGCAUGCCAAGCACACCCGCUCUAGGCGAGAUUGCACAGCCGCAUCCUUCGAGCUCGAACUUAUCUUCUGCGGAGGCAACACGCGAUAGGUUUUACAACAACAAGACAAACAAAAAAGCCAUUCCCGCAUCGUCCCCUUGGAGCUCUAUACGUCCAUCGUCCAUCCACGACGCUACCGAGUAGCCAAAAUGCCGCCGCGUUUCCUUCAGUUAGGCGCAGCGGUGCUGCUCGCCGCCCUCAGCACCGGCUCCCACGGCGCAGCAGCCCAGGAGCCGCCUCUCCUCGAGGUAGACGUCAUCUUCCCGCGCAACGAGACGUACAAGCCAUCCGACACAUUCCCCAUCGCGCUUGCGAUCCAGAACAUGACGGCGGUUCGCUCUCUUGGCAACAUCUCCUUCUCCUGGGACGUCAUGCCGUACUCCGAAGGCCGCAUCCCCGGGGGUCUCUACUACGACGACGGCCAGUUCGCCCUCCCGGGUCCCGGAGACGAUAACGACACGUUCAUCUUCGUCGCCAACUCCAACGUCUCCGCGUGGAUCGACAGGAAGGACGACCUCGGGGAUAGGUUCGCGCUGCAGUGGCACCUGGUUUGGCUCGAUUUGGAGGAGCGCUGUGGACACAGGCACGUCUUCGGACAUAUCCUGUUCGGGGUCGAAGCGCCGUGGGAGAGUCAACUCGGUGUGGACGACGGGCCCGACGUUGCGAAUGGCGUUGCCCCGGAUGUUAUGAACGUGCCUGAAUGUCCCAUCUUGGGCUCCGUGGUCGAGAUUAGGCCCAACGCGACCGAACCUUCUUGCCCGUCUGUGGUGGAUGAGGAUACUGGCAGAGAAGGCACCCCUUGCGCUGUCAAGGUCGACAAGGCUCUCAAAAGCAGUAUCGCAAGCCAGGCCGCAAGCUUGGCUACACCUCCUCCAACGCCAACGCCAACGCCGACGCCGACGCCGACGAAGAAUGCAGCUCGUGGUGUUAGCCCUCCUGCGCAGACCGCGCUAGCAGCUGUUUGUGUUCUUGGUUGUCUAACAUAUGUAUAUUCAUGAAGCAUUUUGUAUUGCGCAAGUCCUGAUUAGGUAGUUAUUGGCCAG